AUGGGUGAGUGGGAAAAUUUUAUAAUCCUUGGUGAGAAAGUGAAGAAGUUAACAGAAUCACUGCAGAAAGAUACGAAAAAUGUUGAAGAUACUUUGACGCAGUUCAAAGAGACCCUUAGUAAAGAGGAAACAACUUCCAAGGAAUGGGAUGAGUUGAGAGAACUAUCCGAAAGCCUAAGCAAAGCAAUGGAUGAGUUAGGAAAUGUACGCAAGAAGGCGGCUUCUAAAGAUAUAGCCAUUGAAUUCGUUGGAACAACUAACAGUGGCAAAUCAUCAGUUAUAAACGCCCUUCUUCGCAAACGUCGUCUGCCCGUUGGAUUCAUGCAAACAACCAUGUGUUCAAUUAGAGUUUGCGUCAAGGAGAUUGAGGAGUGGUCGGUUGAGAAAAUUGGCAAAGACGGAGAAGUGGAGUUUCUCUCGGAGGCCAUUGAAGAAAAGGCGUUAGAAUAUCUCUUGAGUGGAAUGAGUGGUCUGGAAAACGAACAGUUACGGAAAGAGAAAGGAAUCGAUCUAAACACCAUUAUACAGAUCAACUGGCCUAAGGAAAACUGUAAAAAGUUGCCUGAAAACGUCAUCUUGUGUGAUACACCGGGCUUUGGAGAGAGUGGGGAAGAUAUCCAGCUUGUCACUGAGAGGUGCAAAAAAGCAGACAUAAUUGUAGCUGUUAUGGAUUCCUCGUCACCGUCAAGAGCGAGACUCACAAAGCUGGUGAAAGACGUAGGUUGUCCAUUCACUUUUGGAGUCUUUACAAAAUGGGACGAGUGUUUGAGAAGAGCGGAGAAAGAAGGAGAUGACAUGGUCAAAAAUGUGACUGAAAGAGCCGAGGCCUACAAAAAGGAAUUCCGGGAGGCUCUUCAAGGGAAAAGCGAAGUUUACUUCGUUAACGUGGAAAACUUUUUAGAACCUGACUUCAGUUUUCAAGAGUUCGAGCGCACCUUGGCCACGAGGGCAACAGAGUUAAAAGGCAAGUCAUUAACAGAGCAGGCGAAAUCUAUCGCUUUACGAUCCUUGGAGUACUGCGAUCGGCUAAAAAAAGCCAUCGAAAAGAAGAAUACAGAAAAGCUACAGCGUCUAGAAGAAGAGUUGGCUUCCCUGUGGAAAGGUAGUAAGACUUUACAUAAUGCUUUUGAAAGCAUCAAGAGUGAAGAUGAGGAUUUACAAAUUUCCACCACCACCAACCUGUUUGAGGAAGUAGAAAAGAAAUUAGGUGAAGGAGUAUUAGAAGAAAUUGCUUUCCAACUCUUCCUCAAAGAGAUUAACGAGAAGACCGAAAAGGUUAUCACAAGAAAAAGAGAUGAGAUCAGUAAAGCAUGCCAAGAGUGGAAAAAACACAUCAAAUGCCGCAAGUUUCAGUCUUUCAAGAUAUGGUUUUCUCAUGAACCUCCACAGCUUCAAUAUCGAGAACUACCCAAAGAAGAAUACCAUUGCUUCUUCGACCCUCAUUACUACUACACAAGCAACUUUUUCUUACCAUUCGCAAUUGGUGUCUUAACUUUACAUAUUCCGACUGUCGCUUUCUUCGCUGUCGCCAUAGCAGGUGCGUGA